UUUAACCUUUUAUCACAUAACUUCUUAUUUUUUUCUCUUCUUUUUACUCUGUUUUGAUAUUUAUGAUUUUAUUACCCAUUUUAUUAUUUCAGGAAUUGAUUCUUGUAAAUGGCUACUCAGCGAUGGUAGAUUUCAAGGUUAUCGUGUAUGGCAGCCAUAUGGAUGCAUGAUGCACACGUAUAGUAAUGUAGAUUCUAGAAUGUGUAUGCGAUAUAUUGAUUACUGGGGAGGAAAGAACCAUAUUGUUUUUAUAGGAGAUUCUAGAAUUAGACAGUUAUUCAGGGCAUUUGUUCAUCGUAUAGACUCUAAAACUGAUUCAAAAGAUACUCCAGUUCAUAAAGAUUUGAAAUUUAGUGAUAGUGAUUUAAAACUUGAUACCGAGUUUUUAUGGCAUCCAAUGAUGAAUCAUUCUAUGCACGAAGUUUAUAGUAAAUGGGUGGAAAUGGAACCUAGAAAAAGACCAACAGUUGUUGUAACGGGCAGUGCCACCUGGAGUAUACGAACAAGUAAUGCAAGCAUGGAAGCAUUAGAAGACUUUAAAUCAAAUCUUACAAAAUUAGUUCCAUUAAUGAAUGAAUUAAAAUCAACAACAAAAAUAUUAUGGGUUCUUCAAGAUCCUGUAGUUCCAGAAAAACUUCAUCCUUUUCGAAGCAUGAUAACUAACGAACAAAUAGAUUUCUAUAACAAAGCUGCCAUGGAUAUUCUAAAAUAUAGUAGUGUUUUCGUUUGGAGUUCUUCACGUCUUGUUUCUCAAGGUUACAAUCAAGAUCAAGAAGAUGGUUUACAUAUGGGACAAGUUGCACUUAACUAUGCUGUUCAGAUUUUACUUAAUAUGUAUUGUAAUGAUCAUAUGAAUUACAAUGACGGAACAUGUUGUAGUAGUGCUGAACCUGUCACUGUUCUUCAAAUUGUUACAUUUUCGAUUCUUGGUGUUUGCUUCUUACUUGGUCUUGCUAUGAUGAUACAUAAAAAAUGGAAAACAAGAAGAAUUAGACAGUAUAGCUUAUUAGAAAAUUGCAAUCAAGGUGAAAGGAUUAGAGGAGCAGAUAAUGGUUCUUGGUAUGAAUUAUUCACUUCUCUUGGAAAAUUAGGUAUUAUUAUGGCAUAUUUCUACUUAUGUGACAGGACAAAUUUUUUUAUGAAAGAAAAUAAAUAUUAUACACACCUUAAUUUCUUCUUGCCAUUUGCAUACGUAUUUGCUCUUGGCUUAUUUUUUACUGAAGAUAGCCAAUAUACAAAAGUAUUACAUAGAGAUCAGACGGAUGAAUGGAAAGGCUGGAUGCAACUAGUUAUAUUAAUUUAUCAUAUGACUGGUGCUAGUCAGGUUUUACCAAUAUAUAUGCAUGUUCGAGUGUUGGUUACUUCAUAUUUAUUUCUCACUGGUUAUGGUCAUUUCACAUAUUUUUGGCAUACAGGUGAUUAUGGCCUUAUAAGAUUUUGGCAGGUUCUUUUUCGUCUAAAUCUCCUUGUAGUAACACUCUGCCUGUGCAUGAACAGGCCAUACCAAUUUUAUUACUUUGUUCCAUUAGUAUCAUUUUGGUUUCUAAUAAUUUAUGUUACAAUGGCAACAAUACCACACGUGACUAGUACUUCUGCAGAAGUUAACCCUUUGCAGUAUUUAUAUAUAGUUUUGAAGUUUGUAGCUCUAUUUAGCAUUGUAACUGUAUUAUAUAUGUCGGAGGUUUUCUUUGAAAAAAUAUUUGUUACUCGACCGUGGAAGGCACUCUUUGUCACAACAGAUGAUUCUAUAAAGGAAUGGUGGUUUCGCUGGAAGAUUGAUCGAUACGUAAGUGAAAUAAAUCGAUUUAUUAUAUAUUUUUAGGCUGUAAUUUGAAAUAAUUGUAGACCUAUAAAUUCCCACUGUCAUCCAUUCGUCCGGCUGUUUUUCUUUAAUCUUGAGAACAGAAUAAGAUGGUUGGAAUUUGAGACCAGAUAUGGAAACUUUAGGGGAAGGAGACCCCAAUUAACUACAUAAGAACUUCCAAUGAUGACCAGCACAACUCUGUUGUUAAUAAAUCUAAUUUUCUUUAUUUUGAUCUUUAAAGUCACACCUUGUCCUAUAUGCGAGAUUAUCUUAUAUUCGAGUAA